AAGCGAAUCAGUGUCCUUUGAACAGUGUGAGAGUGUGGAUGUACGCGCGCACCGCUAGCAGUGGUGUCUGUGAAAUACUAAUUGAAACUGGCGUAAUUUUCGCCAUGGAUGUACUUAAGUUUUGACGACGCUUUAAUUAAGUGAUAUUUAGAAUGAGGAGUGAAUCAUGAAUUAUAUAUGAAUUAAAGCCUCGGAACUCCGUAUAAAACAAAUGAAUUCUACGUGUGCUAUGUGCUAAGUGAAUGAUAAACAAAACAACAAAAUGAGUGGCUUGUAAAGUUACAGUCGAGUUGGAUUUAUCAAUCAAGUUACCUCCCCUAAGUAUAAUUGUCCUCGCGUGCUUCCAACUCCCCACUCCAAAUAAAAAAAACCAGAUGUUGGUCUGAAGACUUCAGCCUCCAAGACAGACGCGAUGGAUUCCCCAGACAAGGGACCAGGCCUCCUCGGGGGCGACGCCCCCUCGCUCCACCUAACAUAUGAAUUGUUAUGAUGAAGAAACGCAGUACAUUCCCCUCCCCCCUCCUGUAGUGUCACCCCACCCUCUGUGAUUUCCAUAUAGACUUGAAAAUAAGGAAGAAUAUUAUUGGUCAGCCCAGAUGGCUAGCAUGGUCCUGAAAGAAGGUGUUGGAGGUGUUAAAAUGGCCGCCUGCGAAGGGAAGGGCCGCGGGAAGGGUAGGGGAGCCAAGGACUUCGAAAUCGGCCCUCCCAAAAAGGAUCCUUACACAGAAAUCGAAAAUUACCUCCGGAAAGCUCAGGAGGAAAUCAGCGCAGUAUUCGGGGAUGGCGGAGUAGCUGUUGCCUCUAAAGACGAAAGAUCUCGACCACGCGCGCCGGCUCGUCCUCCACUUCUUGAUGGACAAGCAUCUCCUUCUAAGAUACGAAAAGUUUAUACAACAAAUCGGCAAGUGGAAACUCCUCCCCCUCCUCUUCCACAACGUCAUCUCUCCAUCCCAGCAUCUCAUAGCCGAAAACGUGUUCCUUUAACCAGAAAGUCCCGCCGAGUGUCAGCCCCAACGCUCAUCAACCCUCAAAGCUCACAAAAUGGACAUUCUUCUUCGUCUUCCUCCUCUUCAUCCUCAGCUGAUCCUUGGUACCCACGCAGAGAUCCUCACUUACAAGAAUGGGCGCAGGGAUUGCUGAAAGAUUUCCACUCUCUCGUUGAAGAAGAGAUUCGUUCCUUAGGCAAGAAUACGUCUACUACAGCAUCCACCCCAUGUUUAACCCCUUCAGGUAUAGGUGCUCAUUCAGAAUUAAAAAGCCAGGCACCUGUUUUCAUUAAGACAUCAAGGUCUUCAACUCUCCCAGCGAAUGUAACAGUAGAUACACCGUUAUCACUUGAACGUCCCGUUCCCCCCAACAGCCCUGUAAGAUCGAGUCCUUUCUUGAAAAGAGACGCAUUACUCUCCAGUAAAAGUUUCUGUAAGUCAGAUGAUUUUAAGACAAAGAAUUUUCAUCAGAAUGUUACAGAUAGCUCAGCUUUUGUGAAACCCUGUAAAGCAGCAGUUGUAGAUACCACUAUGGGCACUUCACAAAGUACAGGCCGUGGAGAUCACUGGGCAGGGGAUCGGGCUGGUCCUUUCAGGACUUAUACAUUGCCAAGAAGUGGCGGACAUCGUAGCGUCAGUUUAAGUGGUGCGGGAGCCAUUAAUUACCGCACCUCUGCUGCUCAUCCAGAUGAUUUAGAUGUCAACUGUGAACUUUUGCGCGUGAACCCUCGAUUCUCCCGCUCCCAUUCCUUAGACGAAGGUGCUGGUCUGAGUUCUUGGGCACUUCACCAUUUGUCCGUUAUUGAUACCAUUCAUGGAAAAGCCACCACUCCAGCAAAUUCCAGUACCAGAACUAGUCAAGGCACAUUAUGCCCCAUUGUAUUGUCCAGGCCAUCUGAACCUCUAAGGAUACCAGGUCCACCUCCAAGCACUCCAAAAUCUGGUACACCUGCUUAUCUCAAUGAAGGACACUAUGGAAAAAUCCGGAAAACUGGAUUUGCUGAAAAGCAUAAUGAAAGAUGGCGACCUAUGAUAGUGAACUCAUGCCAAGAGGAUACAUUACUCAAUGGUUCAUCUGUGGUACGUUUCAAAUCUAAUGGUUCUCCUGUAAGCCGUUUCAAAUCUAAUGGUAAUUGUAGAUUGAGUGAUGAUGAAUUGGCAAAAACACCACAAAAUAAUAAGUCAUCACCGUUACUUCCAUCUGCAGUUGGUAUAAAGCCACAACAAACAAGCAAUGGAUCAUCUGCCCUUUCACCAUCUGAUCUUCAGAAAGGUACCAAUGAGCCAUGGGUAUGGGCUGACCAAGAAGAUGUGUCUGGUUUAACUGAUCGUCACUGUGAUCCGAACGAGUGUUCACAUUGCCAGGCUAAGAAUUUGAAGUCAAGCGAUGAAGAUUCUCAAAAUACAGCAGAUGGUAGACAGGAUGAUCUAUCAUAUUUAGCAACACACAAUGAAAAAUCUUGUGAGGGUACAAGCCAUCUUGUAAAGGGUGAUGGUUGUGUAGAAGAAGAGAAUGUUAUUCAUGUGUCUGUAAGUCCACCAGACCCAUCAAACAUCCAGAGUUAUGAGGAUGAUUUUGAAACAACUCUUAAAGAGUCAUUUGAUGGAUCAAAUGAAAUGAGAUCAGGUCGUAAAAGUGAACCAGUACUGAUAGGUGGUGGUUUGUCAUCAACUCCCAUCGAUGGCCGAAGGCACACACUACCUGCACCUAGACUCUUUGGAAGUUUGUCUCUCCUUUCAGCUCCUGUACCAACGUUUGAUACAUCCUCAUGGGAGACUCUACCUCCUGCGGAUGAAUUAGACUUUGAAUUGGAGGAAAAGCCAAUAGCGAGCAGCACCAGGACACGAGACCCAUCACCUGGGUCAUUGAGUGCCGGUUCGUCAAGAUCCCUAAAUUCUUCAUUGUCCUCGCUGUCACACCUGAGUAUUCAUCCAGAUCACUCAGAAUGUGACUCAUGGCCAUCUUCACCUGUUGCAGAUCAAGCUUUAACGCCAGAUGUAUUUUUAGAUCCGUGUGCAAUUCAGUCACCCAAAGAUGUGACGGUGAGUAAAUACAGUGAUGGUGAUAAGUCUAGUGUGAGAGAUCUUAUAGAGAUAAAAUCUGUAACGAUUGAUAAAGAAAGAGCAUCUGCAGUACAGGACAAAAAGCCAAAAGGACAUGUUCAGAAAAACGAGCAGUCUAAGCCCAUCACUGGAAUGCUACACCUUACUCCUGUUGACACAGCAGGAGGCGGUCCUAUUAUAUUUUCAGUGUCCAUUCCCGAAGAACCAGGUGUAAACAGCAGUGCAAAUGCAAGUGACCUAAUUAAUAGUGAAAAACAGAGUACGCAAAAUGGAUUUAAACAAAAUAGGUGUGCGCCAUACUCUGAAAGUUUGUGUAGUCAUUCCAACGAGGUAUCAGUUGAAGGCCGUUCUUGUGAAAAGCCAGGCAAGGUUAGUUGCUCUUCUCAGAAUCUGUCAGUUGAGAAUGACCACCACGGGAAAGAAGAACAAUCUUCGAAUUCUGCUCAUGCUCGUAAGCCACCUCAGCGUCAAAGGAGUAUUUCUCUGACUGAGCCUCCCAGCACGUUGGCCUUCGGUCAAAGCAAGAGACUUGUCACGAAGUCUACUCAGUCGUCUGGAUCGGGACCCUUGAGUCACUUCCUAAGGGCCGUCGAAUCCCACAUCCGAGGAGGGAGCCGCCAUAGCCAGCAACCCCAGCCCCCCGCCCCCCUCACUUUCUCCGUCCCCUGCCAGCAUCUGUCACCCUCCUCCACCCCGACGUCUACAGGGAGCUCUACAGCGCCCACCAUCGUUCUAGACGCCUUCACUCAGACCACGCCCACGCCUACCCCUCAGUCGGCGUCGCGCGCCUCGUCCGUGACCUGGCUGAGCGAAUGCGGGUGUGACGACCUGGCCUCCAUCGAGCCCUGCGCGUCCUCUCUCGCCCUCAGCAUCACCGAGGACGACUACGGCGAUGACGACGACGAGGACGACGAGGAGGAGGACGACUGGUCCGAGGGAGGGUCUCUCUCGUCCUCCUCCCCCCCGCCCACCCCGGCCUCCAUGCCGCGGGACGACUCCUCGCUCUCCCUCUCCGAGUCCCUGGAUACCCUCGACAUCAACGGCGAGUCCGGCAUCGGCACCGUGUCCACGCGGCCCUCCGUCAGCCCCCCCUCCCACGCCCAUCACACCCUCGACCUCUCCGGCUCCAACUUGUCCUCCGAGGACACGGGCCUCGAGAACAGCUUCGAGAGGCAGAUCCGACGCUACAUCCCCAACACACGGCCGCCCGCCCGAGAGAGCGACCACCACGUCCAGCACUACCGGAGGCGCCGCCCGAGGCCGCGCCACCACGAGCAGUGGGUGCGGAGGGAGGACCAGAUGACCCAGACCGAUCCGCUCCCGCCCACGCCCUCGCCGCACGGCGUCGCGGCGGAAGACUCCUCGCCCUCCCGCGAAAGCAUCCUUCAAGACUCGAACGAAACCCUCGAACGAAGCAGGGGCGGAUCGGAAGAGCGGAUGAUGGUCAGACACACCCACAGUGAACCCCAUCUAGACGCUACGCUCACGCCCUUGGGUGGUUCCCUGAGGGGCGUGUGCAGCGAGGCUGCGCUUCCUCCCAUUCCGACGUCGCAUUCCGCUCGCAGUGCUUUCACGCCCUCGGCGCCCACUCUGCCCACUCUAACGGAAGACAAGCCUCCAAUGGCACCGCUCAAUAGCAAGCCACCCCGCCCACGGCAUCUUUCUUUAUGUUCCUCGCACCCGCCUCAGCAUUCGCCGGGGAAGGCGUGUUCCGCCCCGGUCUUGGAAUCCAAGCAGCAGAAUGCUUACACCCAGCACACUCCUGCCACGACUCCUUCUGAGGAUUCCUCCGGAGAGACCCCGGUUUUGACGACACGAUCACAGUCCGCCAAGGAAAUAGCAGAGCUAGAAGCCAUCGAAGCGUGCAAAUGGCUGAGGGCCGCUGGAUUUCCACAGUAUGCUCAGAUGUACGAAGAGCUUCAGUUUCCUCUGGACCUGGGAUGUGUCGAACGGGACCAUGCCUUCCUCGACCGAGACUCCCUGCAGGCCCUCUUCAGGAGGCUGAGGGCGCUCAACAAGUGCGCCAAGAUAAGGCUCGACUCCGCAAGGAAAAAUAAGACUGAGGAGUCUGACGAUGAGGAACAGCAGUGUGCCCUAUCCGGAAACUGGAAGUUCCAGAGACACAACAGGAGGUGGUCCAGGAUUGUCCACGAUCGAUCCCCAACAGUUGGUGAUAAGACUGGUGAAUCCAGAGGUUUGGAGGUACCUGAUGAUGCCCUUCUUGGCCAGUUCAAGAGAUCUGGCUCUGAGCGCCUUCGCGAUGGCGCUAAAGCCAUCCUCCGAAGGAUGGAGUCUCUCAAAAAUAAGAAAAAGAAAAGACAGAAUAGAGAUGGUGUUGUCAUAAGUGGCCCAAAGCUUGUUGAUGAAGCGCACAUGCAAGCACGAGUGGCAGAGUUGGGUUGUGUAGAUAUCUCCCCGGAUGCAUCGCCUGAACUUUCAGCUCGAGGCUCCGUGACCACUGGCACUCCUCACCCAAGAGAGCUGCGGCAGUCAACCCCAGGAGAGGAUUCUUCAUCCUUAGCCUCUGACCAGUCUCAGAGUUCUACUCCCUUAUUCCGGGGUCGAAGGAGACGAAAAUUUUGGGGGCGAGGGGGUAGUGCCCAUGGAGUUGAAGGAAGUGGUGGGGGAAGUGGUGGUGGUGUUGGAGGAGGGGGAGGAGCAUAUAGUGAUUCAGAGUGUUCCCCCCCUACUUGGAGGCACUACCUUACAGAUGCAAAUUCAAAUAAAAUGACACCAAGUAAUCAGGUUUCACCUGGACAUUCAGAAAAACAUCCCAACAAAGGUAGCUCCGGACGACAGUCGAGGCCCGCUCACCUGCGCCACACUGGUUCUCUUACCUAUGGCAAGGAAUCUCAAGCUGCCAGAGAAAAUUUCUUAGCUAGUAUCAGAGGAGGUGGGGAGAAAAAUGACGAGAAUGUCUCGCCUUUGCCAAGUCCAGAUGAUGAGAGGCAUUCAGUGUACGAUAAUGUUCCAUUAAUAAUAUGCAACAAAAGUUAUCAUGAUUACCAGCCGGAAGUCAUGGAUUCUGAAGCAAGUGCACACGAGGGUUCUGGUAGCAGUGAAUGUACUGUAGAGAGUAGAGAUUCUCCACUACCUUCAACUCAUGAUGAUGAAGAAAUUGAAGAGCCUAGAAGGAUAACAGUAGACCGAUGGCAUAGUUUCAACAGGAAAUCUUAUCAACCAAGUACAAGGCAACAAGGCACACAGAUUAAUGGGUUUAGCAGUGGUCAGAUGCUACAUUUGCGAAAGAGAGCACUCCUCAGACUUACAGCUCUCAUGGAACGCUACUGCCCAAGCAACCGUAGUGGAUGGAACUGGGAAUUACCAAAGUUUAUGCGUAAAAUAAAGACUCCAGAUUAUCGAGACCGACAAGUCUUUGGCGUACCCCUCUUAGUGAUCGCUCAACGAACAGGUCAGCCACUGCCACCAGGCAUCCAGGCUGCUCUGCAAUAUCUCAGGACCUCUAGUUUAGAUCAAGUUGGUAUUUUCAGAAAGCCUGGAGUUCGGUCUCGCAUUCAGAAAUUAAGAGAAUUCCAUGAAUUGGGUGAAGAUAUACAGUACUCAAAUUUUGGUGUGUGCGACAUUGCCGACAUGGUUAAAACAUAUUUCAGAGAGCUACCUGAAGUUCUUCUAACGAAUAAGCUUUCAGAAAUGUUUAUAGCAAUUUUCCAGUAUUUACCUGUUGAACACAGACUAGAAGCCUUGCAGUGUGCAGUUCUCUUGUUACCAGAUGAGAACAGAGAGGUUCUCAUGGCCUUACUAACCUUUUUAGCAGAUGUUGCUGCAAACUCUCACCAUAAUCAGAUGCAUGCAAGCAAUCUUGCAGUAUGUUUAGCGCCAUCCCUUUUCCACUUGAAUGUUGGUACUUCUGGAUCUAGUCCUUUAAGACGGCGGGCAGGUGGGACUCCUGAACAGCGUGAUCUCCAUGAGAAUAAGGCGGCGCAUCAGUGCCUUACUCUAAUGAUUCAGCAGGUGAGCCAACUUCAGUGUGUGCCAACUGAAAUGCUGUCCAAUUGCCGUUUUACAUACCUCGAGCAGAGUCAACCAGUUUGUUUGGAGGACUUGGGUGUGGUAGGAUCUCCAGGUAUCACUACAACUACUGAAGGUGACUGGGCAUCUUAUAUGAAUGCUUGCGUCUCGUCACUGCUUAAAGAAGCAAGAGACAAAUCUCGAGGGUGGGUUCACAUGAACUGCGCAGACCCAAAUGUUGAAAUUCUUUACCGCAAAGUUGGUGAUGGCCAUCCCUUACGGCUGUGGCGAGCUACUACUGAAGUUGAAGCUCCACCUGCUGAACUUCUCAAUCGUGUCAUAAGAGAGAGGCAUUUGUGGGAUGAAUCUUUAUUUAAAUGGAGAGUUAUAAAUCGCCUUGACCGCCAAGCUGAAGUAUUCCAGUACAUGUGUAAUUCCAUGGCUCCUCGCCCUCCGGUUGAUUAUUGUGUCUUAAGAUGUUGGCGAAGUGAUUUAGCAAGAGGGACAUGCAUUGUUGUUGAAACAUCUGUGGAACACAGUGAUGCAACAGUUUUAGUGGGUGGCGUUAGGGGUAUAGUUUUGGCUUCGAGAUACCUUAUACAGCCUUGUGGGUCUGGGAAGUCACGGAUAACCCACAUAUCACGACUUGAUAUGAGGGGAAGAACACCAGAAUGGUACAACAAAGUGUAUGGCCAUGCAACAGCAAUACAUUUAACCAAAAUACGAGAGAGUUUUCAGCAUCAUGCUUGUGGGCCUGAAAGCAAAGUUUAGACUUACCCAUUUGUACAAACUUUCAUAAAUAUUACCAAUUCUAUAUUAAUACAGAGAAAUAUUUAGUACUUUACAUUAUGAGUGAAGACAGUAGGAAAAAACUUUCAUAAAAGCUUCAGUUUCGGGAGUAAUUAAGACUCCCAUAUUACAGCGCUUCCACAUAAGAAAAAACAGUGCACAAAAGUAACAGUCGUUUGUACCAAUGAAACUGUCAAUAGCCUAUAUAAUACCUGUAAUUAUUGUAUUAUUUAUCAAAAAUAAAUGUGGACCACUUUACAUUCCUGAGAUUCCUUGGGGGUGUGCUGCGAAUAAUUGUGUAUAGAAUGUACCCCUGUAAUAUGGAAAAGUGCAUGUGUAUAUACAUUAUAUAAAUAUAUAUAUAUCUGAAUUUGUGUACCAACUCUGUACCAAAGUAUUCAGUCAGUUGACAAUCAGUGUAGCAUAUAGGUUUAUAUACCUUAUCAGAGGACCAUACUAAAGAAUUACUGUAGCAUUAUCCUUAUCAUUCCUUUCCAAUAGGAGAAAAUAUUAGUGAUUUUGUAAUGGGAAUCAUAAUUAGACAUAAAUCACAUCAAGCUGCCUUUCCCCAUCGCCAGUUUUAACACUGCUGAGCCAGUGUUUUAACGAGGCAAAACAUCUGUGAUGAAUGGUUGGAGAAACCCUUAAAUUGUUUUGAAGUUAUAUGCAGUACAUUUCUAGGAAGUAUUAAGUUUAAAAUAUUUUUAUAACCAUGUUGUACUUCCAGCACCUAUCAACAGUAGUAGUAUGGAAAUAUAGAUUCAAACAAGUGGUGGUGCUGUUGAAGGGGAAAUUCAGGUGCUCAGAGUAACAAAGUUAUUAUUGCAGUAUUGAGGGAUUUGUGGGUGGGAUUAAUGCUACCAAUUUAAAGAUGAUAAAUUAAACCAAUUCUUUCAAACCAUGAAAAUUUAUUUAAUUUCCUAAAGAUAUGUGGUCACUGUAAAAAAAUAUAUAUAUUGCUAACUGUAAUUUGACAAUGCUCUUUGAGCAGUGAAAUACUAUAAUGGAGUACUCUUAACACAUAUCAAAUUCAGAUUGCCUGUAAAUCUUGAAGUAAAUGAGCAUACUCUAUAUCAAAACGUUUUCCAAAAGAAGAUAUUCUAUGCCUUUAUUGAGCAUGAUGGUUUCAGAAUGAUUUCUGAAGCUCACAUUCCUAGUCCUACCUGGUUUUAUCAUUUUUGUAUAUUGUAACUUUUCAUAAGAUGUUUUAUAUAUAAAAUUACCUCUUAUACAUUGUUAAUUUAGACUUAUUACGUGUUUUGUAUUUUAUUAUUGUAUAAACCUGAAAUUUGCCUGUAAAUGUCACACUAUCCACACUUGUCUGUAUUAUGUACACCAACAGUCUGUAGGCUAGAAUCCUUUUCGGACUAUCAUGUUGUACCUUUUGGUGCUGAAUAUAUAAAUAUAUUAUAUUAUCUGUA